AUGAAGGAAACCGUCUCGCACCAAGCACCAAAAGUCAUAAAGAAGUUGCAGUUUAGUCUGCUUAAUGCACAGGAUACGGUGAAGAUCUCAGAAUUCGAGGUGACCCAUCGGGAUCUGUACACGCCAAUAGACCGACUGCCUGUGAAGGAUGGGGUACUAGAUCGUCGUUUGGGUACAACGGAGAAGGGAGCCUUCUGCGAGACGUGUGGACAGUCGUCAGUAAACUGCGUUGGGCAUUAUGCCUAUAUAAAACUAGUUGUCCCGGUCUUCCAUAUCGGAUACUUCAAACAUACCAUUGCAAUCCUACAAGGUAUAUGUAAAACCUGUGCUCGUGUACUACUAGAGGAGCCCGACAGACGUAUAUACCUGAAGCGCUUCAGACGUCCAAAUCUCGAAAAUAUCCAACGGCAAGCACUCUGCAAGGCCGUAAAUACCCUGGCCCGUAAAGUCGUCUAUUGCCCGUAUUGUUCUGCGACGAAUGGAACUAUCAAGAAGGCCGGGGCUUUGAAGAUCAUUCACGAUAAAUUUCGCGCGAAGAAGACGGCCGAAGAGAUGGAACGGUGGAAGAAAACCUUUGCAGCCGCCGUGGAGGCGCAAAAGGAGCUUGGUUUAUACCUCAAUAAAGCAGUACAUGAAGACAUGAAUCCACUGAAAGUGUUGGACCUAUUCCGACGGAUAUCGGACGAGGAUUGCGAACUUCUUGGUCUGCGUCCAGAAUUCGGACGGCCUGAAGAGUUCUUAUGGCAGUACAUCUCCGUCCCUCCCGUUUGUAUACGGCCAUCGGUAGCACAAGACGGCGCCUCCAACGAGGAUGAUCUCACAGAACAAUGGGAAUUCCUACAACUGAGUGUCGCCAUGUAUAUCAACUCCGAACUUCCUGGUGUACCAUCGCAGCCCGGUCAAAAACCCAUUCGUGGUUUCGUUCAGCGUCUAAAGGGGAAACAGGGUCGCUUUCGUGGCAAUCUUUCUGGCAAACGAGUCGACUUCUCUGGCCGUACUGUUAUUUCUCCCGAUCCGAAUCUGCGCAUAGACGAAGUCGCUGUCCCUGAACGUGUAUCCAAGAUAUUGACCUACCCAGAAAGAGUUACAAUUCAUAAUAUCGAAAUGCUAAAGCAGGCGGUCCGUAACGGGUGCGAUGUUCAUCCGGGAGCCAAUUUCGUUGCCAGAGGGGAUAACAAGAAGUUCUUGAAAUUUGGGAACCGUGCUGCAAUUGCUGAUGGGCUGAAAUACGGCGAUGUCGUGGAAAGACAUAUUAUCGACGGUGAUAUUGUUCUAUUCAAUCGUCAGCCGAGUCUGCAUAAGUUGUCUAUCAUGUGUCAUCGUGUUAAAGUCCGCCCUUGGCGAUCCUUCAGACUCAACGAGUGUGUCUGCGGACCGUACAAUGCCGACUUCGAUGGGGACGAGAUGAACCUGCAUGUACCCCAAACAGAAGAGGCACGAACGGAAGCAUUGGAGUUAAUGAGUGUCAAGCACAACUUGGUCACCCCUCGAAACGGAGAGCCAGUUAUUGCCGCAAUACAGGACUUCAUUACUGCGUCAUACCUACUUUCAAGGCGCGACGUGUUCUUUGACCGAAGGCAGUUCACCCAGAUAUGUUGCUAUUUCGCCGAUGCGAACCUUCAAAUCGACAUUCCGCCUCCGACUAUAUGGAAGCCUGUUAGGUUAUGGACAGGGAAACAAAUCUUCAACGUGCUCAUGCGGCCGAAUAAGAAGUCCAAGAUCUUUGUGAAUGUGGAGUCGAAGUGCAACAAGUGGGAGGAAGCCAAGGCCGAAAACUACCCGUCGCGGAUGAAGCUUGUCAACGACAUGUCCCCCAACGAUGGUUGGCUUGUUAUCGUCAACAGUGAGGUUAUGUGCGGUGUUAUGGACAAGGCGAUCGUCGGAAGUGGAAAGAAGAAGUCGAUUUUCGGUGUCAUGUUGCGGGAUUAUGGGCCCCAUGAAGCUGCCGCCGCUAUGGGCCGGCUAGCGAAACUAUGCGCUCCGAACUUCGGCUUCUCUUUGGGCAUUAACGACGUUAUCCCCGGUCCAAUUCUGUCUAUGAAGAAAGACGAAUUGGUAGAGAAGGCAUACGCUGAUUGUCAGGACCUGAUUGCGCUAGCCAAGAAAGGGAAGUUAGAAAACAAACCUGGCUGUAAUCAGGAACAGACCCUGGAAGCGAUGAUAUCGUCUGUCCUGUCCAAGGUCCGUGAAGCCGUCGGAAACAUCUGUAUGAAGGAGCUUAGUCGUCACAAUGCACCCUUGAUCAUGGCUACCUGUGGAUCAAAAGGUUCGGUCAUCAACGUAUCGCAGAUGGUUGCUUGUGUUGGGCAACAAAUUAUCGCUGGGCAUCGUGUCCCAGAUGGUUUCCAGGAUCGCUCGCUUCCACAUUUCCCCAAGAAGUCCAAGGAACCUCCCUCGAAAGGAUUCGUCCGCAAUAGUUUCUACUCCGGGCUACGGGCCACAGAGUUCCUGUUUCAUGCCAUUUCUGGGCGAGAAGGUCUAGUCGAUACCGCCGUCAAAACUGCAGAAACCGGUUACAUGCAACGGCGGCUUAUGAAAGCUUUGGAAGAUCUGACAACGCAGUACGACCUGUCGGUGCGGAACUCUACCGGAGGCGUUGUUCAGUUCACUUACGGAGACGACGGCCUGGAUCCUGCGUGUCUUGAAGGUGACGCGCAACCCAUCGAGUUCCAGCGGGCGUGGAGUCAUGCUAUGGCCAUUGGCUCUAGAACGGGUCGUGGACUCCUCCCUUUCGAAAUUAUGGAGAUAGUCAAUGUGCAAUUUGCAACUCGCCGUUUCGUAGAAACCUGCCCUGAAACAUAUAUGGAGACCGUCCGUACUUUCAUAUGGGAUAAUGUGGCAAAGAAACUCGGGGAUAUGCGCCAAAGCCGUGGUAUGUUCGAAGCGCUAGAGAGAGAGGGCGAGUGGGACGAGGACACAGAUCUCUCUAUGGGAGCAAGUGAUUCGGAGAAGGCUAUCGUCGACAACAAAUCUAAAGUCACAGAGUCUCAAUUGCUUGCUUUCUUGAACAUAUGCUGGGUGAAGUACGCAAAAGCAAGAAUAGAACCAGGUUCGACCGUUGGUGCUGUCGGCGCCCAAUCCAUUGGAGAACCGGGGACUCAAAUGACGCUGAAAACUUUCCAUUUUGCUGGUGUCGCAUCUAUGAACGUCACACUUGGUGUUCCUCGCAUAAAAGAGAUUAUCAAUGCCGCCAAAGUCAUUAGUACCCCGAUUAUCAGCUGUCGACUCGUUACUUGCAACAGCGAACCCUCGGCCAGAAUCGUCAAGGGACGGCUAGAGAAAACUUUGUUGGGUGAUAUUGCGAGUGUUUUGGAAGAAGCUUGGGCCCCGGAGUACACAUACAUUGGUAUCAUAAUUGAUACGCAGGCUAUAAUGAAGCUCCAGCUGGAGCUUACAUUGGAUGACAUCAAAUGGGCCAUUGUGGCUCAUAAAAAGCUGAAAAUCAAGCAAGAGGCCAUUACCAUGAUACCUCGGAGAAAUCGUCUGCGCAUCUAUGUAGAUGGACAAGACAAGUUCUAUCGUCUUCGCGAGUUCAAGCGUAAUCUCGCUGCUGUAGUUGUGAAGGGUGUGCCGACUAUCGCGCGUGCGAUCAUCAAUAUCAAGGACAAAGAUGAUCAUAGGGGAAAGAAAGGUGAUAAGGAACUUCUUGUCGAAGGAUAUGGCCUUCAGAAAUGUAUGAUUACCGAGGGUACGAAGGCAUCUUUCCUCCGGAAAAUAUUUGUUCAUGGGAUCCUUGCAGGAGUUAUUGGGGAGCAGACGACUUCGAACCACGUUAUUGAGGUGGCCCAAGUUCUUGGAAUUGAGGCUGCUCGAAGGACUAUCAUCAAUGAAAUUCAAUAUACGAUGAAGAGUCAUGACAUGAUUAUCGAUCCACGACAUGUUAUGUUGCUGGGAGACGUGAUGACAUACAAGGGCGAAGUCCUGGGCAUCACUCGCUUCGGUGUCGCGAAAAUGAAGGACAGUGUCAUGAUGCUCGCUUCUUUCGAGAAGACCACCGAUCAUCUCUUCGACGCGUCAGCCUACGGGAAGAAUGACAGUAUCGCGGGAGUGUCUGAAAGCAUCAUCAUGGGCAACCCGGCGGCACGUUGCGGCACGUCAAUGCCGGCCUUGUAUUCAGUAGCCCCUGCCCUCAGCAAACCGAGACCGCUUUUAUUCGAGGAAUCUAUAUGA